CCAGUGUUGCUGAGUAGCGUUGACGUGACUAUACCCGUACUUCGUCGUUUCUAGCUGGGAAUGUUCUAUCUGCCAUAGACUAUAGUGAACGCUUCAGACUACGUUCAUCCUGUAUGUUCUAUCUUCUAUAAGUUCUUUAACACUAGAUUUUAGUGACGAAACCUGCUGGUAAGCAUUAUCGAUUGUUCGUAACCCACAGUGUUCAUAGCUUGUUCAUAGCUUGUUCAUAGCUUGUUCUUAUUAUGGCAAUCCUAAAUGAUAACAAGGCAAGCGGUCCUUCGCCGGAACUGGCUCCGGAAUGGGCUCCGGAAUGGGCUCCGGAAUGGCUCCGGAAAUGGUUCAGGAAAUAGCUACGUAGUAUAAUUAUACCACACCAGCCAUAGAUGGCUAUAUAGGCGGAUCACGGAAGUGCGCGCUUUCACUUCCAAAAGUUGGUUCAACGCGCCAGCACCGACCGGAUAUGGCGCAGAGCGGGAAAGCUCUGCUACUGAUGCUCUGGAAGAACUUUGUUCUCCAGAUUAGGAGACCAGUUGGCACUGCAGUCGAACUGAUUACUCCGAUACUACUGGUCGGAAUACUGGUCGCUCUCAGAGUGGGACAGUUGACAUCAGAGGAAGUGUGCUUCUCCACGUAUGAUGAUGAUCCACUGACCAUCUCUCAGCCCAGUGUCCCCUACACUAUCUUCUAUUAUACCCCAGUCACCAACAACAGUGAUGCAGUGGCCGAGAUACUGAAGCGAGAGCUGCCGCUUGCCUCUGUGGUGGGUGUGGAGAGUGAGUCAGAGCUAGAGUCAUCUCUGGUGGACUCUGGUCCUGUCCAGCCUCCCCUCACUCUCUCCACCACCAUCAGUGGGAUACAGGUGGACACCCAGACCGGCUGUCUCCUUGGAGGAGCUGGGAUUGUGUUUGAAGAUCUUGAGUCCAGUGACCUGGAGUUCACUCUGAGACUGAGGCACGAGGUGGGCCAGUUAGGGAGCUGGGAGACCAUCACCAGAGAGCCAAGACUAGUGCCUGUGCAGGAACCAACACCUGAUGCCAACCCCUACCUGCAGGAGGGGUUCCUCCAUCUGCAGAAGGUGGUGGAGGAGGCGAUAAUAGAGUGGAGGUCAGGCCGGAAGCUGAGGGAUGUGUCUGUCUCUGUGAGGCAGAUCCCAAUCCCAGCAUUCACCUCCAGUGGCGCACUGGGAGGCAUUGUCGGUCAAAUCGCCUUCUUUGUCGUCCUCGGCUUCCUCUACCCAGCUGCCGUCUUCUGCAAGGAGCUGGUUUUAGAGAAGGAGAUUCGAGUGCGAGAGCUACUGCUCAUUUCUGGCCUCAAACAGUGGGUCCUGUGGACUUCCUGGUACAUCAAGCAGUUCCUGUUUCUCUCCUUCAUCUCUCUCACAAUCACUCCCAUUCUAAAGUAUGGAGACAUUUUUCCACAAACUGAUUUCGGAGUUCUUCUGAUGUUCAUGGUUCUGUUUUCAGCAUCAAUUGUCUCCUUCUCUUUUCUUGUCAGUGUUCUGUUUGACACGGGACAGGCUGCACUACUGGGAGGAUUUGUCCUCUUCUUCAUCAACUACAUGCCCUACUCAUACAUAUUCUAUCCUGAGAUAUAUGAGACUCUUACCCUGAGGGACAAGCUUGGAUUCAGUCUCCUCUCCAAUUCGGCGAUGAGUCUAGGGCUCCAGGUGAUGUUCACAGCUGAGCUGGCAGGACCUGGGGUUCAGUGGGACACAAUCAGCACUCUCCCCUCCACUGAUGAGAACCUCCACCUUGGUCAUGUCUGCAUCAUGCUAGCCAUCGGCAUCUUUCUCUACAUGAUCAUUGCAUGGUACAUUGAUGGUAUCAAACCGGGCAAGUAUGGGAUAGCAAAACCACUCUACUUCCCUUUCCUCCCCUCCUACUGGCUUGGAAGACCAAGAAAUGUGGCCAAGAAUAAGUCCGAUGAUGAGAUGGAGAUGAAGCAGUUAAGAGGUACUGAGCAUGAAGCAGAGCCAAAGAAUUUGGAAGUUGGUGUUUGCAUCAAGAAUCUCACAAAGAUCUACAACAAGAGCAUCCCUGAGAGGUUGGGUCUCAAGUCCAGAGGUCACCAGAGCAGGGAGGUGGCAGUUGACAGCCUGAGUCUCAACCUUCAUGUUGGACAGAUCACGGCUCUACUGGGACACAAUGGGGCUGGGAAGACUACCACCAUGUCCAUCCUCACCGGCCUGUAUACUCCAACCCAUGGUACUGCCAUUAUCGGAGGAUUUGACAUUCGUAAAGACAUGGAGCAGAUCCGUAAGAGCAUGUCUAUCUGUCCACAACAUGACGUUCUCCACGGGAGACUCACGGUUGUUGAACACCUGAGAUUUGCUGGAAUCGUCAAGGGAUUGAGUUGGAAAGAAGUCAAUCGGCAGAUCUCAGAGAUUCUGGACGACAUUGACCUGUUGGAGAAGAAGGACACUCCCUCCAGUCAGCUCUCUGGUGGACAGAAGAGGAAGCUGAGUGUGUGUAUUGCUCUGAUUGGUGGUCCCAAGUUUGUGGUGCUGGAUGAGCCGACUUCUGGGAUGGACCCCUAUGCCAGGAGGGCCACCUGGAAUCUCCUCAUUAAGCACAAGAAAGACAGGACCAUACUCUUCAGCACUCAUUUCAUGGAUGAGGCUGAUGUUCUUGGUGACCGGAUAGCUAUCAUGGCUGCUGGCAAACUACGCUGCUCUGGCUCCUCCCUCUUUCUCAAGAGCAGGUAUGGGGUUGGCUACCACAUGGUCAUGGAGAAGACUCCAUCUAGUACUACUGAGAAGGUAGUGGAAGUGGUCAGCCUGAUGCAGUCUCACGUCCGAGGGGCAAAGUGUGUGGUGGAUGCUGGAGCAGAGUUGGCUUUCAUUCUACCAGCCGGGGAAACAAGCGCCUUUCCUACUCUCUUCCAAGAGUUAGAAAGAAGGAAAGAUGAGCUGGGCCUUGCUGGAUUUGGGGUGUCGGUCACCACAAUGGAGGAGGUGUUCCUGAAGGUCAAGGAUGAGUCAGAUGAGGACAUUGAGUCCCGGCUCAAGAGGAAGGGAAGUCUGAGACCCAGCAGUGAUAGACCACCUGUAGAGCCAGCUGAACACUCUCCACCACCUACAGAGGGUGAGAAUGUUGGCAUUCGUCUGUGGUGGCAGCAGUACUAUGGCCUACUGGUGAAGAAGACCCUGGACACGGUUCGCUACUGGCAAGUCUUCAUCGCCAUGUGCCUCCUGCCCAUUGUCGCCACUCUCCUGUCUCUGGUCCUCUUCCUGCUCCUGAGUAGUUUUGCUGAACCAGACCCAGCCAGGGAACUGAGCGUGGAGAACACUGCCAUCGAUACCGACAAUCAGAUCCUCUUCUGGGCCGAGUUUGGAGGCUUUGCAAGUGCCUUUGAUUUUGAGUCUCUUGAGGCACAAGAUGUGGGAGCCACAGAGUUCCUGAAUAUCACAGCGGGUGUGGAAGAGAUAAUGGACUCAGUUCAGUCCACAUCCAAUGCAACUGACUGCUGCGACUACCGGUACCAGAUCUUAGACAAGUACUGUGCUCUUCGAUCUGCAGAUGAGCUCGACCUUUGUACUGGCUCAAACUUUGGCUACAGGCACUGCAAAAACUGUCUAGAGUGUUGUACAAGUAGGUUUAGAGGUGAUUCAUCGUGUACCAACCCAUUCACCCAGCUGUCCAGCUCUGAGACAGUGUGCCCAGCAGUUCCAAAGGUGUCAGUGACUGAUGUCACUGGAGGAACUGCCUCAGGGAGGCUGGAUAGUGACAACACAUUUGUGGCAGAGUUCCUCCUGCGCUAUGCCGAGGGGUUUAGCAACUACCAGACACGGGUCAUGGGUGGACUGACCAUAGGGCGAGAGGAGCCUGUCUACAGUGCCUGUGGCUGCUCCAGUCCCAGUGAAUUCACUGAGAGCUAUGUGGCCCCUCUCCAGCAGUGCUCGGAGUCUGCCACUGGCGGAGACACGUCCUACGUUCUUUCUGGAGCGUUUGAGUGGUACAACAGCACAGACUGCUCCUCGCUCCUGACGACCACUGUGGUGGGUGGUGUGGGAAGUGGGCUGCCGGUCGGUACUGGUCUGCCAGCAACGCCGGUGGCUGUACUGGCUCCUCUGAAUGCCAGUGUGAGGGUGGAUGGGUCCAGUCUGGGUGCCCUCCAGGCCCUGUCCUGUUCCACCAUUGAUGCCAGCAGUCUAGGGAGUGAUGACGGCAGUGUCCAGGAGGGUUGUGGGCAGAACAGCACAGCAGAGAGACCAGUGAGUGCCUUCUUCCCUGAGCAGACCCUGAGGACCUCUGUCACAGUCUGGUAUAGUGGCAAGCCGUGGCAUAUGUCAGCAGCCAUGCUCAAUGUCUUCUACAACGUGUGGCUGAGGGAGUUGACUGGGGAAGAGGGUAUCUCUAUCACUGUCAACAACCACCCUCUACCAAGAUCCAACGAGGGACAGCUGGAGGCCCUCUUACAGAGUGGUAAUGGUUAUCUUCUGGGAGUGGUUGUGGUGGGAGGCUUCAGCCUUCUCCUCUCUCUCUUCAUACUGCCUCUGCUCAAUGAGAAAAACUCUCAGGUGAAACAUCUCCAGCACAUCAGUGGUGUCAGGUCAUCCACCUACUGGACGUCCAUUCUGACAAUGGAUGCCCUGCUUUGCGCGGUCAUCAUCCCAGUUGUGGUUGCCAUCUUUGCUGCCUUUCAGCUGGAGGAGUUUGCAGGAGAGAACCUGGCUGCAGUGGCUGUCCUGCUGGUGGUGUGCUGUGUGAGUGGUAUUCCUCUGGUCUAUCUCUUCUCCUUUGCCUUCACCGAUGGACUUACAGCCUUUGCUGUUCUUGUGUUCCUUCUCUUUCUCCUAACCAGCCAGGUGGCACGAGCGUCACUGGCCACUAUUACAAAUAUUGCACUUCAAGAUACACUCCAUUACAUAUUCCUCACUGUCCCAACAUUUGGGUUGCUGGCUGGGAUCAGUGAUGUGUACCAGAACUACAUCGUACGGGAAUUGUGCACCGAAGACACUGUGACGCAGCUAGCCUGUGAAUCUAAUGAGAGGCUGAGGUAUGUCGAGAGUAUAUUCUCCUUCCAAAGGCCAGGGAUUGGGUUCAACAUAUUGUAUGCUUUAGUGGAGACGGUCAUCUUCUUUGCCAUACUCUGGGUCCUAGAGCACCCAGUUCUGCUGAAGAAACUAACACGCAGACUGAGAGGACGCAAGACUAAGAGCCUCACUGAGAAUCUGACUCCCAUCCCUGACUUCUGCACCGCCAGUGUUUUCCGUGCCUUGCCGCUGCUUCACAGAGAGGAGGACUCUGAUGUGACUACAGAGAGAGAGAAAGUGAAGAAUGGAGAGAUCACUGACGAGCAUGUUGUCGUAAUCAAGAAUCUUAUCAAGAUCUACCCUCGUCAUCUGGAUGGACUGACACUGAGGCCCAAGAAAGUGGCUGUCAAAGGACUCACACUUGCCAUCCCAAGAGGAGAGUGUUUUGGUCUCCUGGGAACCAAUGGAGCUGGUAAGACAACGACAUUUCGUAUGCUGACAGGAGACCUGAACCCCACCAGUGGUUCAGCCACCAUCAAAGGUCUUGAUGUAAUCACUCAGUUCCAAAAGGUCCGGCAGCACAUUGGCUACUGUCCCCAGUUUGGAGCUCUGCUGGAGAGACUGAGUGGCCGGGAGCUCCUGACAGUCUUUGCCAGACUCAGAGGAAUACCAGAGAGUGCAGUGAGGGCCACAGUAGAAUCUGAGAUCAGAAGAGUUGACCUCGUCCAGCAUGCUGAUAAACUCUGCGGCAAGUACAGUGGUGGGAACAAGAGGAAACUGAGUACAGGAAUUGCUCUCGUGGGCAAUCCAGCAGUGGUUUUUCUGGAUGAACCGACGACAGGAAUGGACACUGCCACACGCCACUUUCUCUGGAAGGUACUUGCUGGAGUUGCCAAGAAUGGUCAGAGCAUCAUCCUGACCUCACACAGUAUGGAGGAGUGUGAGGCACUGUGCUCUCGAAUUGCCAUUCUCGUGAACGGACAGUUUAGAUGUCUCGGGAGCAUCCAACACGUCAAGAACAAAUACGGACAAGGAGUGGUGCUACAGGCCAAGAUAGAGCUACAGCCAAAGAUGAAGGAGCCACCUUCCCCCCGUUCUCCUGCAGGAAUUAUCUCAAGGAUUUCCAGGCUCCCGAGGAGAGGCAUAAAUAGAUUUCAUUCUUCAGACGAAAGUCAAACAACCCCUGAUGACAACAACAUUUCCUCGUCUCAGAGUCCACAUCAGCACAAGAGAGUUGAGAGACUCACCAGCGCCCCAGCCUCUGCCACUGGCAAUGAUGACCCUCCUUCAAGUCCAGUUAAGAGGCAGUUGAGGUCUUUUCAGAGGUUUGUGAGCAGGCAGCUCUCAGUGGUAGAGGAGACACCUGAAGAGCCAGUUGAUCCCUUUGACACCACGUCCAUUCAGUCAUUUCUCAGUCAGAGAUACAGAGGAGCUAGUCUCCUGGAGGAACACCAGCAGUGUUCAAACGAUAUUGAAGAGAACAAGGAGAGACUGGGCAUCAUUGACUACAGCAUCAGUCAAAUCACCCUGGAGCAGGUGUUUAUUAACUUCUCCAAGAGACAGGAGAGAGUUUUCAAAAAGUAGCAGUUGAUUUUCUUUCUAAGAUAUAACUGUCGGCACUACAUCUAUCAU